AAAUUAAACAUAGGUUUGGAUAUUAUGAAUGAACAUGUGGCAACGCUGCUAAUGUUUACAAGUCGAGAAAAAGGUUAAAUCGAAGAUAAUUGUGAUUUUCACGAUAUUUUUUUGAAAUAAUGGAAAUAAAAUGAUUGUAGUAUGUAAAAAUAAGCGUAAUUACCACUAUUUACAUAUUGAAAUAGUAAUAAAUGUAAGAUUUGAAUAAAAAUACUCACGUAAAGUUUUUUGGUUUAAUUGGCCAAUUUCCCACGUACGUACAACAUUCGAAACGUCACAAACUAUCGAGAAACGUCAAAAGUAGAAUAAAAGGCACGUUUUUCUUCCUUUGCAGCCGCAAUUAGUGGAAAAUUUUAGGAGAAAAUGUUAGAAGAGACAGUUAAACGUGCAGCAGAUGAAUGAAAUUCUCUCCCUACAUGUGAACGUGCGCAAAAGUUUCCCGCGCACUGCGUGUUCCUCGUAGUUUCAUGGCUCCAUGGCACAUCCGCCAUGAUGGCUUUAUGCUCAACACGCUCAACAUGGAAAGUUUCAAAGUUGUUUUAUCGUAUUUGUGACUGAGUGCGUGUAAAUAAAAACAAUGGGAACGUACUGAAGGAUAGGAAGAAUCGUUUAGUGCCCUCCUCGAACGGCCCGAGGGACGGGGAGCCGGUUUUUUACGAGUUUUUUAUGUUGGCCUUGUCGAGUGUUUUGUGCUGUCAACAGAUAUGUCGAAGCUUUCGUUUAGGGCGAGGGCCCUGGAUGCUGGCAAGCCCAUGCCCAUCUACAUGGCAGAGGAGCUCCCGGAUCUGCCGGAUUUUUCGGCGAUCAACCGGGCGGUUCCUCAGAUGCCAUCGGGCAUGCAAAAGGAGGAGGAAUGUGAGCAUCACCUUCAAAGAGCGAUUGUUGCCGGGCUCAUUAUUCCUACUCCCGAUGUAUCCGAAAUACCCGAAAAGGAGUUCGUCGAAAAGGCCUAUCCUGCUAACUACAAGCAACCACGACAGCUUAUUCAUAUGCAACCCUUCACCAUGGAACAGGAUAUACCCGAUUACGACAUGGACUCCGAAGACGAAAGGUGGCUGCAUUCACAGACGCAGAAAUUAGACCUGAGCCCGCUCAAAUUCGAAGAGAUGAUGGACAGAUUGGAGAAGAGCAGCGGUCAAACGGUCGUGACACUCAACGAGGCUAAGGCGCUGCUGAAGGAAGACGACGAUCUCAUCAUAGCAGUAUUCGAUUAUUGGUUGAAUAAACGUCUCAAAACGCAACAUCCUUUGAUUCUGACUGUCAAGACGGAGCACAGAUCUGGCACGGCGGCCAACAACCCCUAUUUGGCGUUUAGACGACGCACGGAGAAGAUGCAAACGAGAAAGAUACGCAAAAACGACGAGGCGUCCUACGAGAAGAUGCUGAAAUUGCGCAGGGAUUUGUACAGGGCUGUGACGUUAUUGGAGCUGGUGAAGAGGCGGGAGAAAAUCAAACGGGAGUACGUCCAUCUGACGGUCGAGGUGUUCGAAAAGCGAUUCCAGGCCAAGGACUUUAGCGGCGUCGUUAUGGCCGAGGCGUCGGCCAUCAAAUCGUCCAGACCUGCGUUUACUCCUAUCUUCCAGAACCAUUAUCCCAAUCAGAGUUGGGCUGGCAAGUCCAUUCUUAAAGAAGAGGUGAUACCGAGACGUGAGAAGAGACAGUACAAAAAGCGAAAACACAAAUCAUUAGGGGGCAGUAGGUCUGGUAGUUUUAGCGUCGAUCCAUUAGGCAGUAUUUCAUCGGACGAAGAAGUGACGGGGGCGCAAUUGUCUCCGGAGCCCGAAGUCGCCGAGGACGAGAGCCAAUUCGCUUUUAGACGGAACAAAUUAUGUUCUUAUCAUAUGCCGUUACCUAACGAAGGCAAUUGGCCUUGGUGUUCGAAAGAAGAAAACGGUUUGGCGGACAAGCGUUACCGGUUCAAUCUGACGUCGCUCUCGAACCCCCGAAGGUGCAUCGGAUUCGCCCGAAGGAGGGUAGGCAGAGGCGGGCGCAUCAUCUUAGAUCGAAUUUCAACGAAUUACGACGACUUUUGGAGGACAUUGGAUUACUCUAUCACGGAACCGGUCGGCGAACACGCGGCUAGUACGUCUCAGGAGCACACAACAGUUCAACAAACUGAUAUUAAAAGUGAAAUUAGUGUUAGCGACAGUGCACGGAUAAGUGAUUGCGCGAUUAGUGAUAGUAUUAAAGUGGAGAUUAAGCAGGAACCCGAGGAGGUGCAAGAGGAGGGCGUCACGUCGUUGGAUCCCGUUUAUUCGAAAGAGGAAAAAGACGAUAUGGUUGAUUUUCUUCGAUCGCUUAGGAGGGAUUGGUUGCACUUUCGACCGAAAACUCCCCCGCCGGAUUACGAAGUCCCAUGUGAUAUGCUUCUGUCGGAAGAAACGUUCUUCAGUCCCAGUGCCAACACAUUCUCCAUGGAGAUACAAACGUUGGAUGCGCCGAGUUCCACGCUAUUGGACACCUCUACGUUUAUCUCUGAUCCGUUUUCUCUCGAUCAGCUGGACUUGGACAGCAGGCAGUCCUUGUCUGCAUCGUCCGCUCUCAAUACGCUUAUACCUAGUGUUAGUAGUGAUAAAAUUAACGACAUUGACAAUGUGUUAAGUGAUUCUAGUAGUGAUAGCGAUUUCAGAACUAUUGGUUGUUCGAACUUUUCAGUCAACGAUCUAGGCAGUGUCGGAGACGGUUUGUGCGCGCCCAUGAAAUUUCAACAAAACAAAGUUCAAAAUUGCAGCAGCUCUGCUAGUCCGAAGGUGAACAGUGUGAAUACGACGACGUCUUCGGCGACUGGGGAUGAUAAUGUCAAGUCGUCGAGGGCUAAUGAUACGGUACAGCAUGGUAAUACGAACGGGUUGCUGACACAACUUUGUUUUGAUGGAACGAAAUUACCUUCAACAAGAACAAAAUACAACAAAUACGCUUAUUCCGGAGCAGUGGGUUACCCGAAUGCUUCUACUGAUACGUUAAGUCUCACCACUUCUGCGCAUGCUCUAAUGCUUAAUAGUCAUAGUGCCAAUAUAUUGGAUAUACCAAUGACUAACGAUACGGAAACCAACAAAAUAGAAGCAGAAGCGACAGGUGGGCCUGUGUCAGCAAAUAAUAAAUCAAAGAAUAUAGUACGAAAGAAUAACAUCAUUAUGGAGGUAACGUGAUGAUCGAUUUUGAACCUGCCUUCCUCGAGGAUUGCAGGAUGAGGAAUAAAUCGAGUACAGGGUGUUGUAUUACACAAAGUAUAAAAAAAAACUCAACGUAUAUGCCUGUAUGAUAUCGGUGUUAAGUUAUGAUUUAUAUGAUAUAGAAACUAGAACUUGUGUAUCACUUGCUAAAAAAAUGAGAGUUUUAAUAGAACAAUAAUUGUAUUUUUUCUGCUUUGAGACCGAGCGAAAACGAUAUAUUGAAUUUUAAAUUCCGCAGGAAUCUAAUAGCAGUAUAAUUACCUUUGUGAUUGUUUCGAAAGCAGAAUGAAUAUGGCAUUUUCUCUUCUAAUCUUGAUGUGUUCAUAAAAAAAGUGAUCAUUAUUAAAAAAAAUUACUCAUUAUCGGCUUUAUUUCUAUACCUAGUUUCAUAUUUAUUAUAUUUGCAUCAAUCCAUUUGACAUGUUAACAACAAAAAAAAACAGAAAAGGAAAAACGUUCCAACACGAAAAACAUAUUUUGUGCAGACAAAAACUAUUAGUCAGUUUUUUUAUCUUAUCGUACAAAGCGUUUACACAGUUUUAAAAAUGUUUUAUAUCUUGUAAUAUUUUUUAUUUUUAGCUUUAACUAAUAGUUUAAAAUAUUGUUGCUUACCGUGCGCACGAUGAGUUAAAUUUAAACUAUUACAAUAUGCGAUUAUUUUGCAUAGUUCAAAGGUCAGUUGUUUUUGGAUAUUUUAUGUUUAAUUCAUCAUCGUAAUAACGAAUUAACGCCUAUGUAAGUGAUUUUUUUACUUUUUGAAGUUUUUGUCAACUGUACUUUUUAUCACGAUAUUUAGUCUAAACAAAAUGUGAUUAUUGUGUGUGGACUUAAUUACAAAAAAAAAUCACAAAAAAACUGUUUAAAAAGCUAUGAGUUUUUAACAACUUUUGAUUUUGUAGUUAUUGUAAACUAUAAGUAAAACUAGUUAUAUCUGUAUGAGGCUGUUGAUAUAUUAUUAGUAACUUAUUACCUUUUUUUUGUAAAUGAAUUUGUUGAAUGUACUUACUACAGUAAAUCAUUUUUGUAUAUCUUGUAUAUUUUGUUAAUAAGAAUUAAACGCAUUUUUUAUUUGUACGCUCGGUCUUGAUGAUGAUGUUUUUUUGGAAAGAAAUUAAUUUUUAACGAUCUAUUGAUUUUGAAAUAAUAAUAAAUUUAAGCAAAACGUAAACAUCAUGUGACUGGCGCUUGAACAAUAAUAUUUACAAACGAUUUUCGAUCGAUUAUUGUUUAAAUGCAUUAUAUCCGUUUUCUAUGAAAAUUCCAUCGCUGGUCGACUGACGUGUAAAAAUGGAAAAUGCGUUAUUGAUUUUGUUUCAUUGGAUUGGUUUUUAAAUAAGGCCUUUGUCGCAUCCUCGAAAAUUUGUAAAUACCUGUUUCUCUCCUUUGUAAAUAUAAUAGCAGUAUUUUUUUGUACAAAUUAUAUUUCGUUUUUUUAAAACUUAGAGUUUUCAUUUUGUGGUGAAAGGCGUUAUUUAAAAAUAAAAAAAACUAAAUAGAAUCGAUGGUGCAAAAUAGAAAAUAAGGAAAUUAUUCGGGGCACACCAGAACGAAACAUUUGGAGCUUAAGCUCGCCGCAUUUUUGCACAGUUUAGUUUUCGAGAAUCGCUAGUAAUUUUUUAUAACGAGGCAAAUUUUACAUGUUUUUUGAAAUCGAUAUUUUACCGACUAGUACUGUGCAUAAAUCGGCUUGGCGAUACGAUUGUAAUAUUUUUUUCCCAAAUGAUGAUCUAAUCUUCGACGUUGUGAUGCUUUUUUAAUCGGAAUAAUUAGCCCCACAAAACAUUCCUCGAUUCCGCGCUUCAUAAAUUAAGAAAUACACGAUUCAUUGGAAUUUUCUAACCGUUACCUGUUGUAUCAUUAAGUGUUUAUACCAGAUGAUUGAAAAUUGAUUUUGUAUUAUUUUAUCGAUUGAAAUUGUCCCAAUGGGCAGUAGGCAAUAUUUUUUAUUAUACAGGCUCAUCGUCUCUUGACGAAUUCAAACUAAAUGUGUAUGGAAAAAAAUCUUAUAAAGACAUACAAGCUUUUAUUUUCAAAGGAAUAUCCUAUACUAUGUUUACUUUUUAUGAUUUAUUGUUGAAUUCUAAAUUUUCAUAUUAAUAACGUACUUACAAUUAGUUAUCCAUAUUCGAGUAGUUUAUGUUCACUAAGGGACAUCCUGUAUACUUCUCAUAAAUCAUAUUUUUCGUGCACAUCUCGUGUAAACGAUUUUCUUCACACUCUUGAUAUACCUGUACAUGUCGCGGUGUAGUUGAUAAAAUUUUCAACGUAAAAUUUCGUAUUUUAAUGGUAAAAAAAUGCUUAGCUGUCCGUAAUCCUAACUUAUUUGAUAUUUUUAAGUGACUUUUACUGCAGAUGGUCCUGAAUUGCGUUUUGCGAAUAAGCGAUUGCGGACUGCUCCAUUUAGAACGUGGUAUUUAAUUUUAUAAACCAAUUUCUAUAUUACGGGUCUAUAAAUGUUCUGGGUUUUCUCAAUUAGGACAUCUGAAUGUGAAUAUUUGUAAAUAUGUGAUUAGUUAUGUGUAAGUAAAUUCGGAAACAAAUAAAAUCUCAUAGCAGGUUUUAGAAUUGAAUUUGUUUUUCUUUUUCUUGGUUGACUAGACAUAUCCAAAUAUACUGUCAAAAAUGUCAUUUCUGACGUUUUGUCUAGAGGUGGGAA